CGAGGUGGGUGCGUGCAGUGACCAUUGUACUUUUCGCCUGGUCUCCUUUUUUCCUUUGCGCCCGUUUCCAGUUUUUCGAUGACGUCUCCGUCUUUUCGAGGUAUCGCGCGCAUCAUGCUAAUAAGGUCUGAAUGGGAUGUCUCUUGACUCCAACAAAAAGAUUGGAUGGAUGAUGCACAGCCGCUCACUAGAGAAAGCCGCCAUGAUGAAGAUGGUCAUUUGUGUUUUUCAUCCCAGAGUGCUUUUACAAUGGUAAUUCCAUUUCAUCCCUUGCGGCCACUUUGUGAUUCUGGUUUUGGUUCUCUUUACUCGGAUCCUUUCCUGUUGCAUGAGCCUUCUCCAGCUCGGCUAUUAAGCAGGAAAACGGCGAAACGCUGUAUACCUACCUCCUCUCUCGACUGGUCAGUCACUUGGCCCACAAGACUGCGCCGAGGAUAUCAAAUACUCUGAUCAAUGAUAUACUCCAACGACUAUCUGCGCAUGCGGUGCGAUCCUUCAAUAUUUCGUUUGCAAACUUGAGAGCGUGAACUGAACCUAUCGCCGUGGUCCCCGUGUUCGAAUCAGAUGAGCGAGACAUCGGCCUUGUUGCCGUCGACGAGAGCGGCCGAGAUUCUCGACCGCAGCGACACCGCGAGCCUCCUCCGGCGUCUUGUUCAGCUCAUCCGAUGCCCGUUCUGUUCCUUACCUCUUGACCACCCAGUUACUCUCCCAUGUGGGAGGACACUCUGCCGCAAGUGCCUUCCGCGUCCACGAACGCGUGCAUAUAUUACAUAUCCCGCCGGUCCGAAUCGAUUGCAGGGGUUCGACUGUCCUUUCUUCGACUGCAGCCAGGAGCAUGCCACUGACGAUUGCGCCCUUGACGUCGCGAUCAACAAUGUUGUGGCCAGCAUACAAGGAGCCCUCGAGGCCGGGGAAUUGGCUCAGUUGCUUGCCAAGGAUGAUGACGAGAUGCUGGCCAAGUGGCUGCAGACCCAUCAACGACCUGCGCAACAACCAGGAUCCCAGCAGAUGCCGAGCCAAAAAGCAACGCCUCGGUCGAGUGAGGAUGGCCAGGAUGCCGAAGAUCGCUGGAAAGUUCCGAAAGAUGGCGAUCGGGGAUUCGGUGCUAGCGCUGAAAUGUCACCGGUAGACACUACAACCCGCGAUCCCGCCUAUGACACAUUUACAGCCGAAGAACAGGGCCAGGUGCAAAUCCUUGAGCGCAUAUCUGAAGCGACAAGGCCAGAGGCCGAUUGUCAAGUGUGCUAUGCUCUUUUCUACGAUGCAGUAACCACCCACUGUGGCCACACAUUUUGUCGACAUUGUUUACAUCGGAUCUUGGACCACUCGGACCUGUGUGCAGUAUGUCGACGUCAAAUACACCGAGGAGAAUGGCCGCAGAACAAGCUAAUGGCCUGCAUUGAAACAACCCUAUGGGCAACUUCUUUGGAAGCCCGGAAGCAAGCGAUCUUGGCCGAGAGCAGGCACGGCACUGCCGAGUUUGACAUACCGGUGUUUGUGUGUACAUUGUCAUUCCCGACAAUGCCGACAUUUCUGCACGUUUUCGAGCCACGGUAUAGGUUGAUGAUCCGGCGGGCUUUGGAGCAAGAUCGAACUUUCGGCAUGGUCCUACACAGACGAGCAAGACGAGCAGGAGAACCAGACUUCGUAGACAUUGGGACCUUACUCCGUGUAAUCAAUGUCGAGUUCUUCCCAGACGGCCGAAGUCUGAUCGAGACCGUAGGUGUCUCCCGUUUCCGCAUACUGCAGCAUGGCAUGAAAGACGGAUACGUCGUGGCCAAAAUCGAACGGGUAAACGAUGUCAGCAUUGCAGAGGAGGAGGCUUUGGAGGCGGGAGAAAUACGCGAAGCAUUGGACACCGACCUCGACACGACAUCGCAACAAGAGGAACCUGGUGACAAACCUGCAAAUGUGUCUGGAAAUGGUGUUUGCGUAGCGACGACUAGCACUACCAACAACAACCAGGGCUCAGAAGCACCGCCGAACUUUGACGUGAUGCCCACCAGGGAACUCUUGAGAUUUGGGGUCGAAUUCGUGGCGCGGAUGCGGGAAGCUAGCGCGGGGUGGCUGACACAUCGAAUACUGGCCAUAUACGGCGAAUGCCCCGAAGACGAUGCAGCCAAGUUCCCAUGGUGGUUCGCCAGUGUACUUCCAGUCAACGAUCUGGAGAAAUAUCGACUUUUAGGAACCGCAAGCGUGCGCGAGCGCCUCAAAGUUUGCUGCCACUGGAUCCAGGAGUGGGAGUCAAGCAGAUGGUGAGUGCCGAUGCAGUCCCCUUCUCCUUGGCCCCUCCCUGGCAUAGCCGCUAGCCCCCGAUUCUUUUGCGGCAGUUAUUUGGGGAAGACUCGGUGGCUCAAUGAGCGUCAAGGCUGAUGGCCAAAUGUCAGACUACGGGGUGCCUUAUUGACGGUAUUGGAAUCGGAUUAGGAGCCUACAAGACUGCUUGAUUUUAUGACGAAGUUUCUCGAAAUGGACAAACAAGCGCAUUCUCCAUUUUUUGGCGAUCUUAACACGCAAGGCAGAGCUGAUCGCCCUUCCAUCCUCCGAGGGGUGGAUGAUGAGGACGGAAUUUAUUGUCGUAUCACGGACAUUUGUUCCCAUUAUGUUUUUAACCGGACUGCAGAGCAAGCCCGGCAGUGCUUACUCCAAUCGCUGUUAGGCAUUGGAAGCAUGUAACUAACGCCAUAAGAAUGCCAUGUAUGGGGAAAUGUAGCAACAUCGACUACAUCAUUGAUUCUAUUGCCAUCUCGUA